AUGCAGAAUCAAAGGCAAAGUGUAAAAACGCGUAUAGUUCGUGGCCGGAGGUCGUUAAGUGCAAGAAUAUUUGAAGUUCAAGGGGUAAAGUGUCACCGGAAAAAGUUGAGUGGGCAAAGUGUAAAAACGCAGAUAGUUCGGACAACAUUUGAUAGCCCUUUAAAAAUAUCGGUCAACCGCUUUGCCGCCACCUCCCAUAUUACGAAAACAACAGUAUAUUGCAUCGACGGCGGUCAGGCUGCCUUUUUGGCGAACGCCGUACCCCAAUGUCCGGCACCCAACAACAUGAAAAGUUCCGCCGCCAAACCGUUUCUGUACCCUACCCUUCCUCUCCGGCGACCGGCGGAGCUCAACGCGGCGGCGGCCAGCGACUACGCCGCCAGGCUCCACCUCUGUUUCUUACGUGGCCCUUCCGCCUACGUCCUGUCCGCUGGAAUCCACGCCCACAUGAUAGCCUCUGGAUUUUCACCCCGUGGUCACAUCCUCAACCGCCUGAUCGAUUUCUAUUGCAAAUCCUACAACCUUAGCUACGCAAAGAAGCUGUUCGAUGAAAUUCCCCAUCCAGAUGUUGUCUCGAGAACCACCCUGAUUGCUGCCUAUUCCACCUCUGGAAACCCUAAGUCCGCCGGAAAAAUAUUCGACUGCAUCCCGUUAAGAAUCCGAGACACAGUUUGCUACAAUGCCAUGAUCACUUGCUAUUCCCAUAACAGAGACGGCCUUGCGGCCAUUCAUCUCUUUAACAAAAUGAGGCAAGAAGGCUUCAAACCCGAUAAUUUCACCUACACGAGCCUGCUUGCAGCUUUGGCGCUAGUGGCCGAGAAAGAACACCAUUGCCAGCAGCUGCACUGUGUGGUCAUAAAGUCCGGUACAAGCUCAGUUACCUCUGUUGUGAACGCUUUGAUGUCUGCUUACGUCAAGUGCAUGCUAUCGCCGCUCGUGUCAUCUUCCUCGCUGAUGACAUCAGCGAGGAAGCUGUUCGACGAAAUGCCCGCAAGGGACGAAUUAUCCUGGACGACAAUAAUCACAGGCUAUGUGAAGAACGAGGAUGUUGAUUUGGCCCGUGAAGUUUUCGACAGGCUGGAUCAGAAACUGGUUGUAGUGUGGAACGCUAUGAUUUCCGGGUACGUGCACAAGAAAAUGGUGUCUCAAGUGUUUGACAUGUUUCGAAACAUGCAUUCGUUGGGUAUUCGCCAUGAUGAUUUCACUUACUCGAAUGUUCUGAGUGCCUGCGUGGACGCCGGGCUGUUUCUUCACGGCAAGCAGAUUCACGCACGAAUCCUACGCACAGAGCCAAAUCCCACGUCCGACUUUCUGGUGUCCGUAAAUAACUCUCUCAUCACUCUAUACUGGAAAAUGGGAAGCCUCGACCACGCCAAAAAAAUCUUCGACUCCAUUCGCAACAAGGACCUCAUCUCGUGGAACACGAUCCUAUCCGCCCACGUGAGCGCCGGCAAAAUUCGUGAGGCGAAAUUAUUUUUCGACAAAAUGCCCGACUCAAAAAACACGCUCUCGUGGACCGUCAUGAUAUCGGGAUUCGCGCAAAACGGUCUCGGCGAAGAAGCUCUCAAGCUUUUCAACGAAAUGAAGUCCCACGGGCUGAAGCCGUGCGAUUACGCGUUCGCCGGAGCCAUAACCUCUUGUGCAGCGCUCGCCUCCUUAGAGCAAGGCCGACAGCUGCACGGUCAGCUCAUCCGCCUCGGAUUCGAGUCGAGCCUCUCGGCCGGAAACGCUCUGAUAACGAUGUACGCGAGAUGCGGGACUCUGGAAUCUGCACAGCUCAUGUUCCUCACUAUGCCCUGCUUGGACCCAGUCUCUUGGAAUGCGAUGAUGUCAGCAUUGGGUCAGCACGGGCAGGGCGCCCGCGCGCUCGAGCUUUUCGACGAGAUGGUCGAGGAGAAAAUACUGCCUGAUCGAGUCACGUUCCUGACUGUCCUCUCGGCGUGCAGCCACGCGGGCCUAGUCGAGCAAGGGCGAAAGCACUUCGAGUCGAUGAGUAGAAUUUAUGAAAUUACCCCCGGUGAAGACCAUUACGCGCGGCUGAUAGAUCUUCUGUGCAGGGCGGGAAAAAUUAGUGAGGCCCGAGAAGUGAUAAUUAAAAUGCCAUUCGAGCCCGGCCCGCCAGUCUGGGAAGCCCUGCUCUCUGGCUGCAGGCUUCAUGGUGACGUGGAGCUCGGGGCUGAAGCGGCCGAGAGGCUGUUUGAGAUGGUCCCGAAGCACGAUGGAAGCUAUAUACUGCUGGCGAACAUGUUCUCGACAGCUGGCAGGUGGGAUGACGUGGCGAGGGUGCGGAAGAUGAUGAGGGACAGGGGAGUGAAGAAGGAGCCUGGCUGCAGCUGGCUCGAGGUCGAGAGCAAGGUGCACGUUUUCUUGGUGGACGACACGAAGCACCCGGAGGUGAAGACGGUGUACGUUUAUCUCAAGGAUUUGAUGACGAGGAUAAGGAAAUUGGGGUAUGUUCCGGAUACGAAGUUUGUUUUGCAUGAUAUGGAGUCGGAGCAGAAGGAGCAAGCGUUGUCGACUCACAGUGAGAAGCUUGCGGUUGUUUAUGGGCUUCUGAAGAUUCCGAGAGGGGUGCCGAUUAGGAUCUUCAAGAACCUGCGGAUAUGUGGGGACUGUCAUAAUGCGGUUAGUUUCAUGUCGAGGGCGGAGGGGAGGGAGAUUGUCGUGAGGGAUGGGAAGAGGUUUCAUCAUUUUAGGGAUGGGGAGUGCUCGUGUGGGAACUACUGGAUAAGAAGGAAUCUUGUGAUGACUCAGCAGCAAGGGGAAACGAACCGACCGGGGCAUUUUGGACCUUCUAGGUCCACCGACUUGGGCAUUUUGGGUACUUCAAGAAACACCUCCGGCGUUGAGUUUUUGCAGACCGUCAAUGCGCAACGGCCGUCGUGGCGCGACACUAUGCCCAACCCUCAACCUCUGUCGUUGUGGCAGUUCCUGCGACUAUACUGGCAAUGCGGCCCUAUCGCGGAGCAACACCCUGGGCUGCUCCCAAACUCUGCCAUCGUGACAGUCUGCUCGCUGCGGGAAUCUUCUAUCUCGUCGCGGUGCGACACUCUGGCAUUUAUGCCACAUUUUGUUCUUUAA